CCGUCACACCACUACGCAGGCAGGCACACACAUGCCGCUCGCUAUCUGUCGCACUCGCACAUGCCGGUGUGUCGCCAUUGGUUAGAGCGGCACAGCUGUAUGGUGCAGGCGCGUGCGCCUCGUGCCCCGUCCGUCGUGCAUGUGUGCGUGUGUAUUCGCAUUUUCAGUAAUUUCGAAAAAUUUUUGUAUAUUUGAUGGCGACAGCGACGGCUCGAAACGCGCGUUUGUCGAAAAAUCGUAGCGCGUACGUAUAUCGGUGUGUAGAAAUUACUAAAAAAUUGUGUUUGCACUUCUUUUAACAGUCGUGUGCAAUUUUACAUGUUGUAUAUGUUCGAUUUAAACACAACUGAUUCGAAAUAACAGAAGCAACAAAGAAUUAUUUGGUUUUAUAAUAAUAAAUGACAACAACAACAGCAGCAGCAGCACACAGCUACAUCAACAACAACACAGCAAGCAAGCAACAAAAAGCCAUUCGGAUUUCGGAUUAUUAAGCAAAUGAAAAGCUAAAACAUUUAAAGCGGCCGAAGGAAAUAUAAUAAUCGCAUCGCCUCGCCUCGCCUUAGCUGGAAAAGAUUUGACGGAUUAUUAGCAGCAAUAAUGCCUACCGUUGCCUUACACCACGUAUCGGACUUGGCCGCAGGUCUUGCCAUCCAAUGAGAGGAGCCUGGGCGCUGAGAAUCUGGAGCAGGGGUGUGCACAGACAUUGCUGAGCAUGAAGCAACAGCACAAUCCCUCGACUAAGAACCGUUUUGCAUCAAUCACAGCGACGAAGAGUAAAGCGGGAGAGGAGCAAGCAAUACGAGAAGGAUACGGACCGGGAGCCGCUGUCAGGAGGUGUCAGGAGCCAGCAGGAGCUGCUGCGUCCAGGAGACGGAGGAGGAGGUGGUCGCCGUCAACGACGGCCACACAAUCGAUCUAGCGAUCAACGCAAAAGUGAAAAUACACACCCAUACACACGCCGGAAAAUCAAGAAAAAUCAAGAGCAGUAGCAGGACGCCACAAGGAGGAGCAGCAGCAAGGGAGGCCACAACGGCGGACGGCGAGGAGACGGAGACGGCCCAGGCGUGUGUGUUUGUGAAAGCUCGUAAAAGUGAGCGCGUGUGUGGUGUGCUGCCCCCCAAAGUGUGUGCGUGAGUGUGCGUGUGUCGGCCGUCUCAGUCGAGAACGAAAAGGAUACCGAGGAUUCACAAGUCCAGCAAAAGAAGCACCACCAAUUUAUCAGCUAAUUAAAUCCCUAAUUCACGCCACAAACUUCACACAACUAACAACGCCACCACUACACAACUACAACCACCAUGUCGUCCAGUGAGCCACCUCCCCGGUAUGAGCCGCCCGUGGAGCCAGUCAAUGGCAUUGUACAGCCACCGGUAAUGCCACCAGCGGAGCGACCCGGCCGCAAUACCAAUCAACUGCAAUAUCUGAUCAAGACGGUGAUGAAGGUGAUAUGGAAGCACCACUUCUCGUGGCCUUUCCAGCAGCCCGUCGACGCCAAGAAGCUCAACCUGCCCGACUACCACAAGAUCAUCAAGCAGCCAAUGGACAUGGGUACGAUCAAGAAGCGGCUGGAGAACAACUACUACUGGUCGGCCAAGGAGGCCAUCCACGACUUCAACACCAUGUUCAAUAACUGCUACGUCUACAACAAGCCCGGCGAGGAUGUUGUUGUCAUGGCCCAAACGCUCGAGAAGGUCUUUCUGCAGAAGGUCGAAUCGAUGCCUAAGGAGGAGCUCGAACUGGAGCCGGUGACGGCCAAGGGUGGCAAGAAGAAACAACGUGUGCCCACCACGCCCAAGGCAACGGGCGGUGCUUCAUCGGCGUCCGGUGGUGCCUCCUCAACGCCAGCUGUCAGCAGUGGCGCCGGCAAAGUGCCCACUGCUGCUGCUGGAGCCGCUUCAUCCGCGCAACAGUUGCCCGGCCAUGCGGGCGCAACGGGAGCGAGUGGCGGAGCUGCGACACCUGGCACCGGUACGGGUUCGGGUACGCAAGCCGCCCGACCCGUUUCAGCCAUGGGUGGCACGGUUUCAUCGACGGCCGGCGGUGCACCGUCCAUACCACCGAUUAGCACAAUGCCACCGCAUACGGUGCCCGGCAGCACCAAUACGACGACGACAGCGAUGGCUGGCAGCGCCGGGGGAGCUGGAGCGGCAGGAAAUCCCAAUGCCGUUGCCCUAAUGGCCAGCCUCCUGAAUACGGGCCAGGCUGGAGCAUAUCCCGGCGCGCCCGGCCAGACGGCGGUCAAUAGCUCAUCCCUACUCGAUGGCAACUCUGGCGCCGCAGCGGCAGCAGCAGUGGCAGCAGCAGCAGCGGCGGCAGCAGCAGCGGCGGCGGCGACAGGAGCAGCAGGCGGUGGAGCUCCGCCAGGAGCGGGAGGAGGCGGCGGAGGAGGAGUGACAAUACCAGCGGCUGCCGUGAAUGCCGCCAACGCGGUGCAGGCCUAUGUGAAUAGUACGGCGGGAGUGGGCGUCGGUGUGGACACCGUGAUACCGCCGCAGCAGCCCGCCAAGAUUAAGAAGGGUGUCAAACGGAAGGCGGACACCACAACGCCGACGGCCAAUGCCUUUGAGUCUCCGUAUGCGCAAAUGGACUCGAAAUCGGCCAAAAUAGCGACGCGGCGGGAGUCGAAUCGUCAGGUAAUUGGCAAGAAGGGCUCGGGCUACACACUGUCGCCAUUGGGCGCCGGUCUUCCCGGGAUUGGCGGCCUUGUGGGCGUCGGCGUUGCCGGCGGCCCCGGUGUGGUCAAGUCCAAGGAGAAGCUAUCGGAUGCCCUCAAGUCGUGUAACGAGAUCCUGAAGGAGCUCUUUUCGAAGAAGCACUCCGGCUAUGCCUGGCCCUUCUACAAGCCGGUCGAUGCCGAAAUGCUGGGCCUGCACGAUUACCACGACAUCAUAAAGAAACCGAUGGAUCUGGGCACCGUGAAGCGGAAAAUGGACAAUCGCGAGUACAAGAGCGCGCCGGAAUUUGCUGCCGACGUGCGAUUAAUAUUCACCAAUUGCUACAAGUACAAUCCGCCAGACCACGAUGUCGUUGCCAUGGGCCGCAAGCUGCAGGAUGUCUUUGAGAUGCGCUACGCCAACAUACCCGACGAACCGGUGGCCAAUGCUGCCCACCAUCAUCACAGCAGUCACGGCCAUGGGCAUGGUCAUGGUCACGGUCAUGGUGGACACGGUCAUGGCGGUCACGGGGGUCAUGGUGGCUAUGGUGGCUCCGCUUCAAACAAGCAUGAUGCCAGCGAUUCGUCCAGCGAGGACUCAAGCGAUACGGAAAAUGAAUCCAACUCGGAUGAGGAGCGCAGUGCCAAGCUGAAAAUGCUUGAGUCCAAGCUGCUCGGCCUCCAGGAGGAGAUACGCAAGCUAUCGGAAGAGGCGUCCGCCAAGAAGAAGGCCAAGAAGAAACUCAAGGAGAAGAAGAAGCACAUCGGCGGUGGCUCCGGUUCCGGUUCAGCCUCACACCAUGGCCAUGCCUCUGGUCCAGGCGGUGCCGGCGGUCUAGGAGCCGGCACUGGCAGCGGACCCGGCCUGGUAUCCGGCGUACCCGGCGCCGGUGGUGUGGGUGCCUUGGGCGCUGGUGGAGCGGCUGGCGCCAAUCUAUCCGCUCUGUUAAGUGGCUCCCUAGUCGGCGGUGCCGGCGGUUCAUCGCUAACUGGUGGCAGCGGUCUACCCAAUGUAUCGGGCCUGCAUAGUCAGGCGCACGAUGUCAUGGGCUUUGGCGGUGCCGGCGGUGUCGGUGGACCAGGCUUUGCCAACGUAGCGGCUGCUGUGGCAGCUGCGGGCGGCAAGGCGGGUACAUUGGCCGGAGCCUUGGCAGCGGGUGCUGCAGCGGGCGCUGGAGGAACGUCAACCGGCGGCGGCGCCAGUAAUAGUAAAGGUGCUAAGAGCAAGGGCCAACGUGGAGCAAAGGGUGGAGCAGUUAAUGCUGGUGGCGUUGGUAAUUCCGGAGCUGGUGGAGCGGGCGCUGCAGCGGCGGGCACGGCAACUGGGGCAGGAGCUGUGGGCGCACCAGGCGGUGGCAAUGCCUCCAAGCGAGCCAAGGGUAGUAAUUCGGCGGGCGCUGGCGGUGGAGCGGGUGCCGCUGCUGCCGCUGGCGGUGGUGGCAAUGCCAAUGCCAAUGCUGGUGCCGGUGCCCGCGGCAGCAGCAAGAAAAAGCCCAGCCAGGUGAUGAACUUUGACUCCGAGGAGGAGGACACGGCCAAGCCAAUGUCAUACGAUGAGAAGCGUCAGCUGUCGCUGGACAUCAACAAGCUACCAGGCGACAAACUGGGCCGCGUUGUUCACAUCAUCCAAAAUCGUGAGCCAUCGCUGCGAGACUCCAAUCCCGACGAAAUCGAGAUUGACUUUGAGACCCUGAAGCCGUCGACGCUGCGCGAGCUAGAAAGCUAUGUGGCGUCGUGUUUGCGCAAAAAAACACGUAAGCCAUAUUAUAAAAAGCCUUCCGGCAAGUCAAAGGACGAGCAGAUGGCCGAGAAAAAGCAGGAGCUGGAGAAGCGACUGCAGGAUGUCACCGGCCAGCUGGGGGCAAGCAAGAAAACCGCCAAGAAAGACGAAUCGAACAAGGUGGAGGCCAUUCAGCCAGCGAAUCCUGUGUCGUCGAGCUCCAGUUCCAGCGAUUCAUCGUCGUCAAGUUCGAGUGAUAGCAGUUCGAGUGACUCGAGCGACAGUGAAGCAGGUGACGGUGAUGAGCGACCGCCGCGCAAAAAAAAGUCCCGAGACUCGAAUGGCAGCAAUGUAAAUAAUCCUAGUUUGACCACAGUCCUGGGCGGCGCCGGAGGAGGAGCAGCAGGAGGCGGCAGCGUUCCAAGCGGCGGUCUCACGCCAAUUUCGUUGAUGAACCUGGAGCAUGUCCUGAACGCCAAUACACCCACAUCACACACGUCCUACAUGUUUGGCAAUGCCAAUCCGCUGACGGCGGCCGCCAUGCUCAACAAUAACAAUAAGACGACGCUGCCCGGCAGCAAUUUCAGUGGCGGCGGCGGCGGCAACAUGCUGCACGGUGCUGGGCCAGUGCCUGUUGGUCCUGGCUCGGCUGGUGCUGCUGCAGCAGCAAAGAACGGUGCAACCAACGAAGAUCUGGGCAAGGUGCCGCCAGUUUCCGUUUCCGUUAAUCUGGGCACGCAGCAGCAUGGCUAUCCCGGCAGCAGUGCUGGAGGCGGAGGUGUCCAGGCUGCCGGUGGCGGUGGCAUACGGAUAGCUAGCAAUCUGCACAAGCCACCCGGCGGCAUUGGCGGUGAUCUGGGCGAGCAUCAUACGGCACUGGCGGCUGCUUUGUUGUCCAGCAACCAGAACAAUGGGGCUCAGAACACAAACACCAGUCAUCCAGUGGGCGUCCAUGGGGAUGUGAUGGCCAAUGCCUCGUUGUCUGCGGGUCUCAAGCAGAUACCACAGUUCGAUGAUCCCGUGGAGCAGUCACUGGCCUCGCUGGAGUUCAGUGCCGGCUCCACGGGUAAGUCGUCAGGGUUACCGCUAACGGAUAACUUUUUGAUGCAGCCGGAUGGGGCUCAGCAGCAGCAGCAACAACAACAGCAGCAGCAGCAACAGGCUUUUGCCCACUUGGACUAUGUGAAUGAGCUACUGAUCAAGGGAUCAACGGAUGCUGUCAGCGGCAUGAAUGGCAAUCAUCCGCUGAACUUUGUGCUGGACAUGGCGGCGGCAACGGCAAACCUGCAGAAGCAUCCCCAGCAGCAGCAGCAACAGCAGCAGCAGCAGCAGGCGCACAAUAACGGUUUCAAUGUGGCCGACUUUGGCAUGCCUGGUUUUGAUAGUCUCAACAUGACGGCCUCAGCAUUCCUAGAUCUAGAGCACACGCUGCAGCAGCAGCAUCAACAGCAACACCAGCAGCAGCAACAACAUCAACAGCAGCAGCAGCAACACCACCAGCAACAACACCAGCAACAACACCACCAGCAGCAGCAUCAGCAGCUUACGCAACAGCAACUGCAGCAGCAGCAACAACAGCAGCAACAUCUCCAGCAGCAGCAGCAACAUCUCCAGCAACAGCAACAGCAGGCCACCAACAAAAUGCUGAUCAUACCCAAGCCCAUAGAGUCGAUGAUGCCCAGUCCGCCGGACAAGCAGCAACAGCAGCAGCAGCAGCAACAGCAUCUCCAGCAACAGCAACAUCUCCAACAGCAGCAGCAACAACACCAAAAGGGCAUGCUCCCGCAACAGUCGCAACUGGACAUGAUGCUGGCCGCGGCGGCCAAUUUCCAGGGCAAGCAGGUGCAGGCCUUCAAGGCCGCGGAACAGAACCUUAAGAAUGCCAGCUCUUGGUCCUCUCUGGCCUCGGCCAGCUCUCCCUCGUCGCACACAUCAAGCAGCUCGAGCAGCAGCAAGCCCAAGCCGGCCAUGGACUCGUUCCAGCAGUUCCGCAACAAAGCCAAAGAACGCGAUCGCCUCAAGCUGCUGGAGGCGGCCGAGAAGGAGAAGAAGCAUCAAAAGGAGGCUGCCGAAAAGGAGCAGCAGCAGCAGCAACGCAAGCAUCACAAGUCCUCCUCAUCUUCGUCCUCCUCCUCCUCAUCAGCAGCAGCCGCAGCAGCUGCUGCAGCAUCGCAAGCAGCCGCAGCAGCGGCGGCAGCGGCAGCAGCAGCAUCAGCAGUAACCGCCUCUUCGGCUGCCGCCACGCAGGCAGCGGCUGUGGCUGUUUCGGCGGCUCCACCCACCUCAUCCUCAGUGGCCUCCAGUGCCUCGAAUGCCUCCGGAGGCAGCAGUAGUGGGGGAGGAGCAGGCGGUGGCCAGGCCAGCGGAGAACGUGAGCGGGAGAGGGGUGAACGUGAGCGGGAAAGGGACAGAGACCGUGAGCGUUCCGGCAGCGGUCAAUCUGGAAAUGGCAACAAUAGCAACAACUCGGCGAAUAGCAAUGGACCCGGCAGCGCGGGCAGCGGGGGCAGUGGCGGUGGCACCGGCGGCAACAGUGGUCCUACCAGCACAGGUGGACCCAACAGCGGCGGCGGCGGCGGCGGUGGCGGUGGUGGCAAUCCUAACAGCAAUAGUAAUGCUGCUGCCGCCCUGCUUAAUGCCGGCAGUAACAGCAACAGUGGCGUUGGCAGCGGCGGUGCCGCAAGCAGUAACAGCAACAGCAGCGUAGGAGCCAUGGUAGGCAGCGGCGGACCAGGAUCUAAUAGCCAGGGUAGCAGCGGUGGCGCUGGAGGAGGCACUGGCACUGUCGGCGGCAGUAAUGUCAUGGGAGGCGGCGCCCUGGACUAUGGCCAGCAGGUGUCUGCAGCUACUCAGAUGGCGCAGCAUGUGGCCGCCAGUGUCGCUGCCCAGGUCAUAAUGGCCGCCUCGCCCCUGGGCGCCAUGGAAAGCGGAAGGAAAAGUGUUCAUGAUGCACAGCCACAGAUAUCGCGGGUGGAAGACAUUAAGGCAUCGCCGGGCGGCCAGGGCCAGAGUUCGCCGGCACAGCAAUCGCCGCAGGAUCGGGCGGCCGCCAAGCGCGCCGAACAGCGGCGGGCCGAGCAGGAGCGGCGCAGGCGCGAAGCGUUGGCUGGCCAAAUCGAUAUGAACAUGCAGAGCGAUCUCAUGGCUGCCUUUGAAGAGACGCUGUAGGCCAAGGCCAGCAAAGGCAACGGCGGCAACACCUUCUCAACCAGCAGCAGCAGCAGCGCCUCCAUAGAGACCACAAAGCGGCGAGGGCCAAGGCGACAGCAACGGACAACGUUGGACAACAGCAACAAAAAGAGGAGCUAGGACAGAAGCAGCCUCCCAAAUAAAAACAAAAGAAAAACAAAAGCAUCUAUUUAAGAAGCAUGGUUUUAAGGCGUAACUAAGCAUACGUAUAUUUAGUGAGUAUCUCUAAUAUAUGCAUAAAACAUAUACGAAAGGAGAGAGAGCGGAGAGAGAGGAGAGAGAGGCAGAGCAGCAGCCAAGGAGAGAGCGGCCAGAGAGCAGCAGCGGCGGCGGCAGCAGCAGCAGCAGCAGCAAAUUUCCUUUUUGAAACACACACACACACACAUUUUUUUAACUUACGAUUAUUAUGAUUGUGUAUUUACCAACUAUUAAGCGGAUAAUAACGAUUAAUGAUUAAAUAUUAAGAACGAGGAUGGUACGAGUACGAUUAUGUUUAUGAUGGACAUUGCUUGUGGUUCAAAAAAAAAAAAAAAAAAACAAAAACAAAAAAGCAAAAAACAAAAGCUUAUUAUGUUUAAUAUUAUUAAUUCACGUGUAUAGGCAAGUUUAGUUGGUAAGAUUUUUUCCCCCUUCAUUGUAUAAACACACCUAUGCUUAGAGUUGUUAACUAAUUUAAAAACUAUACAAAAAACCACAAACAAAACGAAAAUUUACAAAAUAGAAGAAUCCCAAAACAGAAGCGAGAAAUCAAUAUAUAUAUUCUUCUUUUUUUUUUUUGUAAAACUUGCAAUUUUAAAUCAUUGUUUUUUUUUUUUUUUUUUACCCAAACACAACAGUUGUAAUUUAUAAUUUAUAUCUCACAGACACACACACACGCAUGACUAGGAUGAGAUAGAGAGAGCAUGGUUAAAGGAGAGGCUUCGGUAGGAAGCCGAGCUGGAUGGAUAUAUAUAAAGGCAACAAAUGUAGUUCUUAAGUAGAAACGAAAUUUUUUGUAUGUAACGACGAUGCAGUCCCGUAAAAAUUAUAAAAUAAAUAUAAAUU